AAAGUAUUAAGCAAACACUAGAUUAGACGUUCCUUUUAAAUGACUUCUUAAUAGAUGAAUUUUUUUUUUUUUCCUCAUAUAUACAUUGAAUUUUUCAAAUAAUGAAUAAGUUAUUCAAUUUCAAUUAAAUUCAAAUAUUAGAAUAAUUGUGUACUUGUGUGUAUAUAAUGAAAUCAUAAAAGAUUUUUGUUUCACAAUAUGGCGAACUUUGACAAAGGACGCAGGAAGUGGGGAGAAAUUUCACAAGAAAACGAAAAUUACAAAUACGACGAUAGAUUAUCGGGAAUGCGAGGAGGCGGUGGAAAUCGUGCACCACCUCAGGCUCUUUACCGACCUGGGAGUGGACCAUUGAGAAAAUCGGGUCGUCCUGAUGAAUUUGAAAAUGAAAAUAAUUUCCAUCAUCACGAUAGAUCGUCAUCGUCAUCGUCAAAAUCACAGCCACCAUCGAUUGCCACAUCAUAUCGUAUGAGAAAUUGUCAAUUUUCAAAUUCAAAUCAAGAAAAAAAUAUUACAACAACAACAACAACAACUGAAAUUGAUGAUGUUGCAACAAAAUUUAAUGAUUUACAAGUCAACUAUAAAAAUAGUAAUCAUCAAAAUCAAGGACCAUCGAAAAUUAAUCACAUGUCCAUUGUUGAUCCACGGAAAAAAAAUAAAAAACCCGAACAACAAUUGUAUGUACCAAAAAAAGUGAAGGAGGCAUUGGCUGAAAGAGAUGUGAUAAAUAGAUCGCCUGUUCAUCAUAAUUGGGAGAAGGAUCGUGAACGUGAUGAUCAUAGAGAUUGGGAUAUUCGAUCAAAUCGCAAUCAACACAGUGACAAUUAUCGUAAUCGUCCAAUUGCUCUAAAUCAAACUGACAGUAUUCGUCGAAAUGACGAUCACAGCAAAAGGUAUUCAGGUAAUCGUCGAAAUCGAAAUCCAGGUGAAAAUGAAGAUCGUUGGAGAUCGGAUUCACCAUCGGGCAAGAAUUAUGGUAAUAGAAGAGACAAUUCACGUGAGGUUCGACAGGGUUCGGAGCCUUUAUAUAUACCAUCAAAUAAUAAAUUCGAUACAAAUCGAAUUCGUGACACAAGAAGUGUUGAGCCAGGCUAUCCUGACAAAUUUCAGGGUAAACCACCAUCGGGUAGACAUGGAAUGAAAGAAUGUACAAUUCCGAAGAAUACAAAAUUAGAAUCGCUACCACCUCGUUUUAGAAAAAAAUAUCUUGCUGAAAAUGGAUUUUUACAAUCUUCUAAUAAUAUUGGCGUCUCAUCGGAGGAAGCUUGGGAUGGAAGUACUGUGACAUUUCAGGGAUCGUCUCGUUUUCCUCCGGCUAUUCAACAUUCUCAUACAAUGCAAAAUUUGCCACCGUCUGGUCCAUUGCCACCUCAGACAAGUUGGUCGAACACAGUACCUGUUCGAAGUCGAGGACGAGGAAGACAUAGAAAUGAUGAUUUAGAAAAUUCAGCGGCAUUCAGACCUGUUACACCAGAUCAGUAUUCGGCGCAGAGUUCACGAUCGCAUACACCAAGCCAGGAUUAUGGUAAUCGUUAUUACGAUCGACGAGGAAGUAACAGUACAAUGUAUACCAGUAUCGAGAGCUUAAAUCGAAUGGAUAGCAUGUUAAUGCCACCUCCACGUGCACCUUCACCAGCGAGUUCUAUUCCCUAUAGAAAUACAUGUCCCUCGCCUGAUAAUCAAUGGUCUUAUAAAAAUCAAAGAUCAAAUGCGCAAGAAAUGCAGAAAUCUCAAACGAUUUCAAAUGUUACUUCACCGAAGAGUGAAACCUUUGAUUCACUGCCUGAAAAAACUGAUACUUUGGAUUGGGGAGAGGAGGUGGAGUUGAAUGAAAGACUAGAAGCUGAACAAUUGAGUCGUAGCUCAUCUGUAUUGAGUUUGCGGGGCAAUUCAAAUACAAAUCAAUCAACGGCAGGAGGAAGUAAAAAGAGGAAAAAAAAUAGAAGAGGAGGUCGCGAUAGAAGUGGAACAAGGGACAGAUUCCAAGAAACAAGCCGCGAACGACAGAAUAAUCAGCAAAAUAGAGAAAAUGAUAAUUACAAUAAUAAUCAGAAUAAUAGUCGAAGAUUUGAUAAUCGACGACGUAGCUCGAUUCAACGUAGCCGCGAGUCAAGCAAAGAGAGAAAUCGCGGUAGAAAUCAUGAUGAUUUUUAUAGAAAUAGAAUAUCAGAUCAGCCCUCGGAUGAAAAUUGGAGAUCGGGAAGACGAAUUUCAAUUUGCGAUUCGGAGGAUGGUCGACGAACGCCAUGUUCAUCGUCACAUUCCACUGUAGCUAAUUCCUUGCAUCAAUCACCAUCGGGUUUUAAUAAUUCACAACCAGGUGUUCUUGUUUUACCUGAUACAAAUAGUUUUCAACUUAGUACAACACCACCUAGGCCACAGUCACAUCAACAGCAACGCACUCUUUUUGAUCCUAAUAAUCCUAAUAAACCAAUUAUCGUCACUUCCUCAGGCGGUAGAACAGGACCAAAAUUCAGAGAAAUGGAAGGAAUAGCUCAACCUGAUGUUCCUGUUUUUCAAUCAUUACCUGGAAUGUUUACGAGUCAUUCAAAUUUUCAAGGUACACAAGGAGAUGGUACGCCCACUUCUUAUUUCAAUGAACAACUUGGUAAUUCUCGACCAUCUUGGUAUGAUCCUUAUUCAGAAAGUUUUCGUUCGGCAAAACAUCAUUUUCUUCUAUUGGACAUUGAACGCGCCGAUUUAGAAUUACAAUGGAUUAUAAGUUCCGGUGGUUUACAAACACAUUGGGAACGUGUCUCUUAUAUUAGACAUUUUUUGCAACAAAGUUUGCAAAAUUUAUUAGAAACAGAUAUUAAAUUUUGUCAAAAAGAAAAUGUUGAACAACAUUUUUGGAAAAUACUCUUUUACAAUAUGAUUGAAAUGUUAAGAAAAAAUAUGCCCAAGGAAAAUGUUGAAGGACGCGAAAGAUGUAAACAAAUAAUGCUCAAUAUUAUUGAUGAGGGUACAAUUUAUUUGGAAAAUUUAUUAACAAUUAUGGAGAGGGUUUAUAAUUUUAAAAUUGAUCUCUAUUUAACAUCAUCAAUAUCACCAAAAGGAUUAGGAUUAUUGGGUCUUGUUUUAAUAAGUGCUCAAAAAAUAUUUUUAUUUCUUGGCGAUUUAGCACGUUAUAAAGAACAAACAAAUGAAACAACUAAUUAUGGAAAAUCAAGACAUUGGUACCUGAAAGCACAACAAAUUAAUCCGAAAAAUGGAAGGCCUUACAAUCAACUUGCUUUAUUGGCGCAUUACGCUAGAAGAAAAUUGGACGCAGUUUAUUAUUAUAUGCGAUCGUUGAUGGCGUCAAAUCCAUUUCAAUCAGCGAGAGAGAGUCUUAUCGCCUUAUUCGAUGAAAAUAGAAAAAAGUAUGAGUCCACCGAACGAAAAAGAAAAGAGGAACGCGAAUGGAAGGAGAGAGCGCGAAUGAAAGAAAAGGAAGGUUCCAACAAUAUUGGCGGAAGUUUGCGACGAGAAACAUGGAUUCAUCCAGGCGGCAAACGUAUGAGACGAACAACUUCCGCGACAACGGCUAACGAAACAAUUAUACCCGACAGCGAUUCUGAGGAUUUGUCGCAAUUGACAAGUGUAGAGGUGAACAAAAGAUUUAUCACUUCAUAUUUGCACGUUCACGGGAAGCUGAUAACAAAAAUAGGAAUGGAAACCUUCCAAGAAGCAGGAAUCCAAAUGCUGAGGGAAUUCAGAGCAUUGUUGCAACAUUCGCCUCUUCCACUUCCGGGAACUCGUCUUCUUCAGUUACUGGCACUAAAUAUGUUCGCGAUUGAGACAACGCAGCUUAAGGAUUCACAAAUGGAACAGGGAUACAGAUCUGAGGUUCAAGAGAGGGCUCUCGUUGUUUCAUUGCAAAUGUUUAGUCUUAUUUUGGAACGUGGUGUAUCAUUGCUCAAAUCACAGCUCGAGAGUGAUGAACUGCCGAAACUUGUCGUUGGAGAAGAUCUACAAAUUUUGUUGCCAGCUAUAAAGAUUUGGUGUGACUGGAUGCUGUGUCACAGUACAGUAUGGAAUCCUCCGCCUUCUUGUACGGAUUACAGAGUAGGACCUCCUGGUGAUGCUUGGAGUAGAUUAGCAACGCUUGUGAAUCUUUUAGAAAAAUUGCCAUGUCCCAAAGAUCUUCUAAUUUCGACGAAGGAUGCCGAAGGUCGAGAGGAUGAUCUAGAACUUGUGAAGCUUCCGGAGGACACAACACUCGCAGGAUUCACGCCACUUAUGUCUAAUCCUCAGGACUCGUUCUUUACGCAAAAAACGGAAGAUAUGGAAAUAGUUCAGGUUUGUUUGAGGAUAAGCAAGAUUCUCUUCUUCGGUCAAGUAUUUCUCUGCGGCCUUGAGACGCCGGUACUAAAGUUACAGAAAAGCGAAACGGGUAUCAGCGAAUACGUUUCAGUAGUCGAAGCAUCCAGUGCAAGUUCUCCAAGUUCUCCACCGGUACAGAGCGACUCGGAAUUAUUAGUCGAAAGCUACAGUGAAGAUGAUGAAGAUGCACCCGCGACCUUGAGAAGAUUGUCUUCGUCCGGAGACGUUCUUUCGAGCGACACACUGACUUCACAGACUCCAGUAAGUGAGAUUAGAUCGUUGAUCGAGAGAAAGGAAGAGCUUGAGAGGCGUCAGAAGAAACAAGAUCAUCAUCGACAGCGAGUUCAAGCGAUCUUGAGUAAAUCUUUAGUAUCUGUGGAGAUUGAAGUGAGACCGAGGCAACUAGUCCCAGACACGAAUUGCUUCAUCGAUUAUUUGCCUCAGCUGCAGAGCAUCGCCAAGGCCGUUUCCGGUGCUCAACCGAUUUACACACUGAUGGUUCCACUCGUUGUGUUGAAUGAAUUGGAAGGACUUGCGAGAGGAGCAGGAACAAGGGACACACAACCAGCAUCACGAGCGGCAUUAAAUCCUGAACACGUGGCGAGAGUUGCUGAAAAUGCAAAAGCUGCACUUGCCUUUGCCAGGAGUCGAAAUCCUGCAAUUCGAUGCUUGACAACACGAGGCACCGUUUUAUCAUCGAGUACUUUCACCGUCGAGGAGGAUGUAUCUCAGGAUGGCUUAACCAGAAAUGAUGAUCGUAUACUGGCAACGUGCCUGAGUCUCUGCAGGACAAAUUCUAAAGAUCAAAUCCCGUCAGGUGAGGGUCAACCAAGAAGAUUGAGAAGGGAUGUUGUUCUAUUGACUGAAGACAGAAAUUUAAGGGUAAAAGCUUUAGCAAGAGACAUGCCAGUAAGAGAGGUUCCUGAUUUCGUCCAAUGGGCGGGUUUAGGUUGAAUUUUCUAAAAAAAACACAUUGAAUUUAAAAUCAUCAUAUUUUUCGUCAAGCACAUCCUUCUUGAUCGCUGAUCACGUUCAAUUGUUUUUUUCAAAAACCGAAUGAACGGGGUUUCUUUUUUUUAAAAAAAAUUCUUCCAGCGAGAAACAACAAAAAAAAUAAUAAUAAUAACAAAUAAAGAAAAAAAACGACAACAACAAAAAAAAAUGGUAUUUUCCCCGCCACAAGAAAAUAAGAAAACAAUUAAAAUCCCCUCGUGUCAAUGCGGUAGGAAACUUAGAAAUGAUGAAUGAAAGAUAAGAAAAAAAGGUUGAAAGCGAUCGAUUCGCGUGUCGCCUUAAAAAAAAAAUGUCACACUAUUUAUAAUGUCUGACUGAUAGUACGUGUUUUCCAUGAUAAAAGAAGAAAGAAAAUAAAUUUCGAGAUUGAAAUAAAAAUCUUAAAAAAAAUAAGUAGAGGCUGGAAAAAAAGGAGAAUCUUGAUUGAAUCAUGUUUGUACAGUUUUUUGAAGGGUUUUGGUAUUUGAUAUAGAUCGAAUUUCAUGUAUCAAGAUUCUUGAGUCGUUUUUAUAUAGUUAAAAUGACCAUUUUGGUCAUAUUAUUGUAUAUUCUUUAAUCGUGUUUGUAAUGAUGAUUUUGUAAUAUUUUUUCUUUUUUUGAGAUAGCAGUCGAAAAAAAAAUGAUAACACUAUUUCUUUUUUUGUCGGGGGAAAAAAAGAGAAUGUUAGUUGUUUUAAAUUCUUAUUAUAUAUUUUUUUAAAGCAGCGAAAUCGAUCGAAAAUCGCUCUAUAUUUAAAAAUCGAAAGAUUAUUUUUUUUUGCUAGAAAUUAAUUAGCAUUUUAAUUAUACUUUAUCGAUAAGUUUUUUUUGUUUUAGAAGCAUUAAUUUUAACACCCCCCCCUCCCUUCAAGUGUUCGAAUCGUUCUAGUUUAUUAUCCUUAGAAAUAAUAAUAAUAAAAAAAAGUUCACUGAUAAAUAGUAAAAACGUAUUUCUUUUUAACUCUGUUGUAAAAAAAUAUAUAUAUAUAUACAAAUGUUUUCAUAUUAGAAAAAAUAGUGUUUUUUUCUAGAUAUUUUUUUUUCGUUAUAUCAAUUUUUUUAAAGUAAAGCAAAUAAAAUUUUGACAAAUUGGAUGGAAAAUUUCUUAUUUAUCGUCGAGUGCAUGAUUUUUUAUUUUUUUUUCUUUUGUGUAGAUUGAUGUAAUUCGAAUUUUUGUACAGACUCCUGAAUGGUUUUUAACUAACCGUGAAGAGAUGUUGCAAUCAAUUUUAAAAUCGUGAAAAGUAACGAUAAUCGUGAUUGAGAGUAAAAAUUGUAAUUAUCGAUGCGCGUCAAUGAAAUUAACAGAUACACUAUAUAAGCGUAGAAAAUAAGCCCUUAAAUGCGAUCAUAUGAUACACUUUGUAUUUUUCUUACACUUACAAUAUGUGCACUGUCCCUAGAAUUAAAAAAAAAAGCGGACUGCAUUAGAAAAAAAAAUUAAUUAAUCACGAUAUUUCUGAUUCACAAAGAAAAAUGAAAUCAACACACAAUUUAGAACUUUAUAUUAGGCAAAAAUUAUAGUUGGUAUUUUAAUAAAAAUUCAGUGUAUUAACGCGUCUUGAAAAAUGAAACAAUGUCGCUUUUCUCAAAAAAUUUUAACCAAUUUUCGUUGGCACUUUUUUAAUCCCUCUCUCUCAAAAAAAAUAUUAAUUAUAUUCUCACAAAAGUGUAUAAUAUGUAUAACAAAAAAAAACGUUGACAUAUAAAUUAAAUUCAAUUUAAAUGUUUCACACAA